AUGAGCUCGUCGGAGGGCAAGGACCCGUCUUUGGUUACUACUAGCCUCUUGACAGUCUCAUUCAUCUUUCCUAUUUUCGGCACCCCUGCGGUCUGCCUUCGCAUCUAUGCCAGUCUUCACAAGUCCAAGCAGAUAUUCUUGGAUGGUUGUAUUAUCAUCUUGGCUCAGAUCUGCGCCUGGGGCAUAUCCAUCGAUACCUUUGUAGCAGCAUCGAUUGGAGGAGUCAACUAUACUAAAGGCGAUGUUCUCUCUGCCACUGUUGCUUUUCUUCGGGCCCUUUGCAUUGAGGGAUUUCCGCUGGCCGCUAGUUUGGCUCUAGUGAAGAUAUCUAUUCUGCUAUUUUACGCACGGAUCUUCGUCAUCCCCGGGUUUCGCUUGGCAGUUUAUUCAUUCGUCGCCAUCAUAGCAGCUUGGGCUAUUGCCAUAAUCAUUGCUCAACCCCUGUGUGAAGACCCGAUUACCGCGGCCUGGGAUCCCUACGUCGUCAACCCCCUUCGCUACAACUACAACGCCUUUUCCGAGGCGUUCGCGGGCAUGAGCAUGGUUUUUGAUAUAAUUGUACUGUGCUUUCCGAUAGCCUCCGUCUACAAUCUGCAGAUGUCAGAUCGCCAAAAGAUUCAAGUCCUGGGCAUCUUUUGGCUGGGCCUGUUCUGUUGCAUCUCCUCGGCCAUUCGUUUCUACUACAUUUACAUCGACAUUCACCACUCUGUCGCCUCAACUAAUGUGAGCAGGUACUCAGUCGUGACGACGGCAUUCAUCUGGGGUACAAUUGAGCCCAAUGCCAGUAUAGUUUCACCUUGCUUACCGCUGUACGGAAACCUGGUCGGAAGCGACAAGGGGCUGAGAUACUAUUUUAAAAGCUUCCUCAGCCGUCUAUCUCUACAUAGUGGUACCGGGGGGGAACAGGGUCGGGGCGCGUCUUCCAAGCAAACCGACUCGGCAACCGAAAGCCCUCAUGAGUUGUACCGUCCUCAGCGACGGGAAUGGCAGAAGCUGGGCAUUAAACAACCUCACGAGACUGACAUUGAGCUGGGGCAAGCGGCGAUGGAUGAUCGUGUACGGAAUCGCAAAUGCAAAUUAUGGUCACUCAGAGCUUUAUACAGCAAGAUAAGCCUUCUGUGUAGGUAUUAUCUUUGA